AUGAGGAGCAAACUGGACUUUCCCAUGGAGAAUUGUGCACAGCAUGUGGACUUGAGCUUGGGAGGUGGUGAUAGCAACACCCUCAUCUUGCCAGCAAAGAGAAGGAACAAAAGGAAGGGCACCAAUCAGGAUUGUGAAAAACUCAAUAAAAGAAAAGCAACAAUGAUUAGCAAAUCCCAGCAAAGGAAGCUGAAGAAGUUGGAGGAGGAGAAGGAAAAAUCGCUUUCCAUAUCCAAAAGCAUUGAGGCCUUAGAGAAAUAUAAGCUUCCAGAGGGUGCACAUUCUCUUUUGCAGUCAUCAAAGAAUAUUGGCAAGGUUGAGUCUAAAAAGGAAAAACGUAGGAAGGCUGUACUAUUCUCCAAAGCUGGCUUUGGUGUUCCCCUUACCGACCAACCAUUUAACAAGAUAGAUAGUGAAAGUGAAAGUGAACCUGAGUUAGAAAAAACUCAAUCAAGGUCGGAUCUUUGCAAGAAUGAUCAGGUACAAUCAAAGAUAGUCCCAGCAGAAAUCCAAAAGAACACAUUUAUUUCUUUGGACUCCUCUCAGGGUCUAGUCAGUGGCAGAGGACUUGGCGUGAAUGGUGGAGCUGCUGCCGACUCACCAUAUAAAAAUGCUAUUGGCAACAAACAUGACACUUCUUUGCGAGAAGACAUAAACAUUUUGCCCACUUCAAGUGUGAAUGAUGAUAGUCAAAGCAUGAAGAUGGACAAAGUAAAAGAAACACCAAAUGUAAAUUUCAGCAGGACGAGUAAAUUAUCAAAUUCUCCUACACCGAGGUCUCUAAUCGCCCCAACUAUAGUGCAUGUAUCAAGGCCUGAGGAAGUUGAAAAUGCAAGGAAGGAUCUUCCGAUAGUAAUGAUGGAGCAGGAGAUAAUGGAGGCUGUUAAUGACCAUUCCACUGUUAUUAUAUGUGGAGAGACUGGGUGUGGUAAAACCACCCAAGUUCCACAGUUUCUUUUUGAAGCCGGCUUUGGUUCAAGCUUUUCUUGUGUCCGAAGUGGUAUAAUUGGUGUUACUCAACCUCGUCGUGUUGCAGUCCUUGCGACUGCUAAGCGAGUGGCAUAUGAGCUUGGUCUACAUUUAGGUAAAGAGGUCGGGUUUCAAGUUAGGUAUGACAAAAGGAUCGGUGAAAGUUGCUCCAUCAAGUUCAUGACAGAUGGAAUCUUACUACGGGAACUUCAGAAUGACUUUUUGCUGAAGCGAUACUCUGUCAUAAUUCUUGACGAGGCUCAUGAGCGGAGCUUGAACACUGACAUUCUUAUCGGAAUGCUUUCACGUGUAAUUCGUGCUCGUGAGGAAAAAUAUGCAGAGCAGCAACGGGGGGUGCUUUCAGGAAGAACUAUAAGUACUGGGCAACAGAUUUUUCCAUUGAAGCUUGUUCUGAUGAGUGCCACCUUGCGAGUGGAAGACUUCAUGUCUGGUAGAAAGCUGUUUUGCAAUCCUCCGCCAGUAAUAGAAGUUCCCACCAGACAAUUUCCUGUAACCAUUUACUUUUCAAGCAGAACCAAGGAAGAGGAUUAUAUUGGGCAAGCAUGUAAAAAAGUCUUGGCAAUUCACAAGAGGCUGCCACGCGGGGGCAUACUUGUCUUCGUCACUGGGCAGAGGGAAGUAGAGUAUUUGUGUCGAAAGCUACGUAGAGUUUCAAAGGAACGUUUUAAAAAAACAUCUGAAGGGGAUAUUAGGAGCGAUGUCACUGAAGUUUCUGAAAGAAGUUCUACUGAGGAAAUAGACAUGAAGGAGAUCAAUGAAGCAUUUGAGGUUCAUGGAAAUUCGGCUGACCAUCAAACUGACAGAUUUAGCUAUAAUGAUGAAGAUCAGUUUGAUAUAGAUGACGAUGGGCUGGAUGAUUCAUAUGAUUCAGAAACAGAGAGUGAACUGGAAAUUAUUGGUGACUAUGGCGGCUCAUUCAUCCAAGCUAGCCCGGAAAUUGAUGGUGAUGUUGAAAAUGUUUUAGGAGAGGAAGGGGGCAUUACUCAACUGAAGGCUGCUUUUGAAGCUUUAGAUGCAAAAACUUCAUUUAACUUCAACUCUGAUGAGAAACAACCUAUUUCAGUUACUCCAAACGCUUGCCACAACCAAUCCAAUCCUAACAUGGGAAAAAAGAAUGGAUUUGAAGAGAAUACUUCUCCGGGUACAUUGCAUGUUCUCCCUCUUUAUGCCAUGCUCCAUGCGAAAGAUCAGCUUCGUGUAUUUGAAGAAGUCAGGGAAGGAGAACGGCUCGUUGUUGUGGCCACCAAUGUGGCUGAAACAUCUUUAACUAUACCUGGGAUAAAGUACGUUGUCGAUACUGGAAGAGAGAAAGUGAAGAGCUACAAUUCCUCAAAUGGCAUGGAAACAUAUGAAGUACAGUGGAUAAGUAAGGCAUCAGCUGCUCAACGUGCAGGAAGAGCUGGAAGAACGGGGCCUGGAUACUGUUACCGUCUGUAUUCUUCUGCAGCAUAUAGUAACAUAUUUCCUGACUUUUCUCCGGCUGAAAUAUCUAAAGUCCCUGUUGAUGGUGUUGUACUUUACAUGAAAUCCAUGAAUAUUGAUAAGGUAUCCAAUUUUCCAUUUCCAACUCCUCCAGAGGGUGCUGCCUUGGAUGAAGCUGAGCGUUGCUUAAAGAUCCUUCAAGCACUUGACAGCAAUGGAAGACUGACACCUUUAGGGAAGGCCAUGGCUGAUUUCCCAAUGAGUCCUCGCCAUUCUAGGAUGCUCCUUACGGUUAUUCAAGUAAUGAGUAAGGGGAAGAGUUACUCUAGGGCUAAUUUAGUGCUAGCAUACGCAGUUGCAGCAGCAGCUGCUUUGAGUUUGUCAAAUCCUUUUGUCAGGCAGUUUGAAGAUAGUCACACAAAAAGCCAAGACUUAGAUGAGGACGGAAAUUCCAGUGGCACUGUGAACAUUGAAGUCAUGGACAAGCAAGAGAAGUUGAGAAGGAAGAAACUAAAAGAAACUGUAAAAAUGUUUCGUGAAAAAUUUUCUAAUCCCAGCAGUGAUGCUCUGUCUGUAGCUUAUGCUUUGCAGUGCUAUGAACUUUCGGAGAGCCCAGUGGAAUUCUGUAAUGUCAAUGGUCUACACCCAAAAACAAUGGAGGAAAUGUCCAAGCUGAGAAAGCAACUACUCCAACUUGUCUUUAACCAAAGUGGUGUUUCUAGUGGGGAGAAGGAUUUUUCAUGGAUUUUUGGAAGUCUGAAAGAUGUAGAAAAUGUUUGGAGGGUUUCCCAUGAUAAGAACCUUCUAUUAUUGUAUGAGGAAGAGCUCCUAGGCCAAGCUAUCUGCGCUGGUUGGGCAGAUAGGGUUGCCAAACGCAUUAGAGGAAGUUCCGGGUUAUCUUUAGGAGAUAAAAAAGUUCAUGCAGUUCGGUAUCAAGCCUGCAUGGUUAAAGAGAUUGUGUUCCUCCACCGUUGGUCAUCUGUUUCUAAUUCAGCCCCUGAGUUUUUGGUAUACAGUGAGUUGAUACAGACAAGACGUCCGUACAUGCAUGGUGUUACGAGUGUGAAAUCAGAAUGGCUUGUUGAGUAUGGCUCGUCUCUAUGCACUUUCUCCGCACCCCCAACAGAUACCCAACCUUACUAUGAGCCUCUAACUGACCAAGUAUUACAUUAUGUCAUUCCAGCCUUUGGUCCUCAUUUAUGGGAGCUUCCAUCACAUAGUAUUCCAAUUAGUAAUUAUGCAUUCGAGUGGCAGUUUUUGCUUAUGCUUUGCUUGAAGGCCAGUUUUGCCAUGUUUAAGAUUUGUUCGUAA